GAACAACAGAUUUUUUGGAGAAAAAUCCCAGCUUUGUUAAAGAUCAGUCCUGUGAUGAGGAGACAUCCUGCAACAAAGAUACUGGUGGACUGAAAGCUCUCCAUAGUUGGCCAAGAGGCAUAUUUUUUAUUGUCAGCGCUGGUGGGCAUAUUGAGUACUGGCAGCCACUUUACAGGUAAAAUGGUUUUUGAUAAGCUGAUAGGUUCAGUGUAACUCAAAAUGAUUUUUUACCAUAGACGGAUUUUUUGGGGGUGCACCCCCAAAAAUAUUUUGCAUCCCCCCAAAAAUAUUUUUCCCACCCCACCUAGAAAAAGUUCGACCCGCAAAAAACAUUUAAAUGCUCAUUGGGAUAAAUGACAGUAGUGUGAUUGAGAUAAAGGUUUUGAACUAAGUAAGACUAAAAAUAAGGAUUUUGAACUAAAAUAGGGGGCUUUGCCCCCUUAUCCUCAUUACCAACUGUGCCCCCAAACCCCUGCUGCAUCUUGUUUAGCGACACUACGCACCCUGUCGCUCACCCCCCCCUAAAUUUUUGGUACACCCCCCUCACAACCAAAAUCUGAAAAUCCGACUAUGUUCUUUACUAUAGUAUAUUAAUGAACAACAAUGAUUAUCGUUUAAUUCUUACAUUAGAAAUGCUAAUACCUUUUAACCAUAAUGGGAAAAUAAAUGUCUUUGUGAUAGUUCUUGUUCUACUUAUUUUGGACCCGUGAAAUGGUAAAAUUGUGUUAUACUUAUGAUUUUUAUUAUUCAGGUCUGAAUCGCCAACUCAAGCACUUGUAGUAACCAUCCUAUGGCUUUACAGAAAAUUUAAAGGGAUGAAGAAUGAGUUCUCUGAUGAUGACAUCAGGCGCCUGCCUUGCUUAUGA